AUGGUCGAUGUCCAACAAUCAUCACUACCAACAUACAUCCACUCCUAUCUCGAACGAUCAAUCACCAAGCUCAAGUAUGAUAACCCAUACUAUAACAAUCAUUUAUACUUACCACUUAGGAAGCCAUUCUACUCGGUGCUGUACCAUCUGUUCAAGAGGUAUAAUAGGUAUAUGUGGAGGAAUAGUGAUGGAUGCUUUGUGUUUGGUAGAGAUCAGUUUGUUGAGAAGGCUCAUAGGGGACAGACAAAGAAGUUCAUAGAGAUAAUCAGUGGUUCACAGAUGGUCGACGUGUUCUUGAUGAUGAAGGAGGUGGAGUUCUCAAAGCAAGGCAACAUCAACUGUCAAUUCCUCUCACACGGACAAAAGUAUUGUGAUGCCAUCAUUAUGGAGUCCAACAGGCCAAAGAGUCGGUAUCAUUGUCCUGUAUGCAUGCAAUCAACAUUUGGUCGAGCAUCAUUGGAGUUCUCUGGAUACAUUGUGCACCAAAAGUGCUUUGUCUGUGGCCGGUGCGGCAUGGGCCUGCAUCGAUUGGAGCGAGAGAAGAUCAUCAUCAAAUCGAACGACUUCCAGCCAUUGAAGUUGUACUGUGCCAACUGUCGAAGGAAGAAUAUAGUCAAUCUUUUGAUUGGAUUCAUUCCAUUCAAGUCUCAGACUGAUUCAGUGAUUGGAUCAGAGUGUGGUGAUGGGGACGUGGACAUAAUACAAUGUUGGAGCAAGAGCAAGAGCAGCAGCAGCAACACACCAUCAUCGUUGUUCACAUCGGUCAAGCUCAAGUUCAAACCUUCCCGGCCAUAUGAUCCGGUGAACCAUUUUAAGCCAAUGGAGUACCAUCACGGAACGUUCCCAAUGUACAUCCGACCGAGACCACUGCCUCCUGUCCCACAUCAGCGUCGUUCAAAGCGACCAGUCAAGGCACUGCCCAAAGUUCCAAAGAAGCAUCAGGUGACACCAACAUACAGGGGUAGACCACUUCCAAAGAUACCCUCCACUAUUCCAACUUACACAAGGAUUCGCGAGUUACCAUGUCCAGUGUAUUCACCUCCCAAGGCACCCUUUGCCAACUUUAGGAAGCCCUUACCCUUGCCACCACCACAUCCCGACAUGAUGAGAAUAUCAACCAGUUACUCAUUAUCUAACAGUGAUAUUAAAUGCCGCCAAUGA